AUGGUUCAGCUUCAAUACUCUUUGCUGGCCUUUGCCUGCAUAUCCCAACUUGUAUGGGCCUUCCCCAAGCCAGAUGAAGGUUCUACAAUUCAACAGCGCGGAGGAGGCCCUAAUGACCAAUUUGUUUUCGCAAUCUGUCCACGGAACCCCAAAAAAUGCUCCCAAUGCGGAGGCGACUCCAAGAAGAAAGGCUUCUGUGACAUCGAGAUUGCCACCGGAUACCGGUCUGACUAUAACAACUGUAUGAAAUGGCACGGCAAAGGAGAAGGGUGCGGGUUGGUCUGCGAAUGUAUCUCGGAGGAGACAGGCAAGCCAGGCACCGGGGUGCCACCUAUUAUUCCAUUCCCACCUAUCCCAGUAGGAUUUGCACCACCCCCCGCUGCAGUACCCAACCCGAAGACGGAGGAUACGUGCGGCAAUGACUACACCAAGACUAGUUGCAAAGACUGUGAGCCACUAGAUGGCUGGUGUACCAAAGGUGAACACGCCGGGUGUCCUUGUAGAGAGGAAUGCCCUGCCGAUGACGACGACAAGAAGCCUACUUGCUCAGCGGACGACUGCAAGGGGGAGAAGGGCUCUUGUACCAUUGGCCACCACAAGGGCUGUGAAUGCAAAUCGGAAUGCCCUAACCCAGACAAGAAGAUCCUUGUUUGCAGCGAUGAUAUUUGCAAAUCAGAGAAAGAGAACAAGUGCACUACGGAUGAAUAUAACGGCUGUGAAUGUUACCACCUCACAAAGGAUUACUAUACCCGGAGGUCCAAGGCCCAGGUCCAAAACGAUAGCAAAGCCAUCGCCAAGUUGGUCGAGAGCAUGAAGAAGUUCUACGACGAGCAGGGCGAGGAGGACGACGAGCCCAAGGACCCAGAGGUUACUUGCGCGAGCAAGGACUAUAGCAAAGCCAUUGACGUCGACGCCUCGUUCCUCAAUAAGCUUGCUGACAAGUUCUGCAGUGGGGCCACGGACAAAAAGCGAAGCCAGGACCUGACAGCUAAAGACGUCUCGUCUGAUGCAUAUGAGGGCUACAAGGUCCACUUUGAACUCGACCCCGGCGAUAACUGCAAGACGGACUGUAAGGCUGCUUUCAAGUCUAUGAGUGGCAAGUGCCAAGGUAUCGACAGUCACUCCCUCCAGAAAUCAGCCAGUUCCAAAGUCCCCGACUGCGGCGCCAGCUUCAGCUACAAGAUCUCUGCGCCCGAGACAGACCCUGAUACGUUUACCCAGAAGGGGGAGCAGGACCGAGUAUGCCAUGACGCAGACGCGUUCGGGUCGCAUGGAGACGUCCGCCCACCCGAUAUUAGCACAGCAUCUACGGCGUGUUUAGGUGUCGAAGAUGACGAGGGUCGAUUCACAGCCGAGUCAGAGCCAGUUACACACGAAUCGACAUAUGCCGGCACCCAGCUGGCCUUCACCAUGUCGUGGGUUGACAACUGUAAGGGAGACAGCUUUGAUGUGCGGUACCCUACUGCGAAGAGUAACAAACUCGGUGAUUCAUGUUGGAAGUACAUGUUCGAUAAUUGGAGACAAUGCAAUAAUGGGGGUGCUGGUGGGUACAUCGACUAUGGCUGUGUGAGAUAUGACUUUAGGCCUUCGUUUGACUAG